ACUCUUUCUCUCUAAAAUAAAGCUCUCCUCUCUUCGUCUGAGACGACUCUCAUUUCCGCCCGCUUUCCAGACAAGUCCUCCCCAAUCACUCAAAUCCGACCUCCAAUACGGUGCCGUUUAUCGAGAUCAAAUCGGAAACACACCUAUGGAAGAAGAUAAAGGUGCUCUGGUUCAGAGCCUGAUUGACACGGUCAACGAAAUAGCUUCGAUCUCCGACUACAGAUGCACGGUGAAGAAGCAGUACUGCAAUUUGGCGAGGAGGCUGAAGCUGUUGACUCCAAUGUUCGAGGAGAUUAGGGAUAUGAAAGAGGCGGUGGUGCCGGAGGAGACUGUGAAAGCUUUGGUUUCGUUCAGGGAGACGCUGGAAUCGGCUAAGGAGUUGCUCAGAUUCGGCAGCGAAAGCAGCAAAAUUUACCUGGUUCUAGAAAGAGAGCAGACUAUGAAUAAGUUCCUUGAGGUGACAGCUCGAUUGGAACAAACUUUAAGUGGGAUUUCCUAUGAAGAGCUUGAUAUAUCAGAUGAAGUUAAGGAACAGGUUGAGCUUGUUCUAGCUCAGUUUAGAAGGGCCAAAGGAAGAGUUGAUUUACCUGAUGUUGAGCUAUAUGAGGAUCUCUCAUAUCUUUACAAUAAAAAUGAUGCAGCAACAGAUCCCACAGUCUUUAGACGACUGGUUGAAAAGUUACAAUUGGCAGGGAUAGGUGAACUUACACAAGAGUCACUAGCAUUGCAUGAGAUGGUCGCUUCCAGCGGUGGGGAUCCUGGAGCAAGCAUUGAGAAAAUGUCGAUGUUAUUGAAAAAGAUUAAGGAUUUUGUACAAACAGAAAAUCCCAACAUGGUUGCUCCUGCUACAGAAAAGAAUCUAGUUGCAACUUCCAGCGGACAAGCAUCUACUGACAAGAAUUGCAAGGCCCCAGUUAUACCUGAUGAUUUUCGAUGUCCAAUAUCAUUGGAAUUGAUGAAGGAUCCUGUCAUUGUUUCAACCGGGCAGACAUAUGAACGUUCCUGUAUUGAAAAGUGGCUGGAACAAGGGCAUGGUACAUGUCCGAAGACACAACAGACCCUCUCUAGCACCAGUCUCACACCGAACUAUGUUUUACGUAGCCUCAUAGCCCAGUGGUGUGAGGCAAAUGGUAUUGAAGUGCCAAAAAGGCCCAAUCGACCCAAUAAAACUGCAUCUGCUUGCUCGCCAGCAGAACGUACUAAGAUUGAAAAUCUUCUUCACAAACUAACAUCAGCAAACCCUGAAGACCAAAGGUCUGCUGCUGGUGAAAUCCGCCUUCUGGCCAAGCGUAAUGCAGAUAACCGUGUUGCUAUUGCUGAAGCUGGUGCAAUCCCCCUCCUUGUAGGGCUUCUUUCAACCCCUGAUUCUCGCACCCAAGAGCAUGCUGUGACAGCACUGCUCAACCUUUCAAUAUGUGAGGAUAACAAAGGAAGCAUCAUUUCCUGUGGAGCAGUUCCUGGUAUUGUUCAUGUGCUCAAGCACGGUGGAAUGGAAGCACGGGAAAAUGCAGCGGCAACCCUUUUCAGCCUUUCUGUUGUGGAUGAAAACAAGGUUAGAAUUGGUGCUUCGGGAGCCAUUCCACCGCUUGUUACACUGCUGAGUGAAGGUACUCAAAGGGGGAAAAAGGAUGCUGCAACAGCACUGUUUAACUUGUGCAUAUAUCAGGGGAACAAGGGGAAAGCAGUAAGGGCUGGUGUUGUUUCAACACUAAUGGAGCUGCUGACAGAAACUGGAGGGGGAAUGGUGGAUGAAGCACUGGCCAUUCUAGCAAUAUUGGCUAGCCAUCCUGAAGGGAAAGCAGCCAUUGGAGCUGCCGAGGCAGUGCCAGUUUUGGUUGAAGUCAUUGGGACUGGAUCUCCUCGAAACAGAGAAAAUGCAGCUGCGGUUUUGGUGCACCUGUGUUCUGGGGACCCACAAUAUAUGGUGGAUGCUCAGGAACUAGGAGUGAUGGAUUCAUUAUUGGAUUUGUCACAAAAUGGCACAGAUAGAGGCAAGAGAAAGGCUGCACAGUUGCUUGAGAGAAUGAAUCGGUUUAUCGAGCAGCAAGCUCAAGCUGAAGCUGAGGGCGAGACUGAGACAGAGGUCGAGGUCGAGGCUGUGAUUGAACCUCGGCCACUGACACAAUCCGAGACCCAGCAGCCACAGCCAUUGUCUGCAGUCAACGCCGACAGAUGAGUGUUCAUUUUGGUUUCCUUCUUGUUUGGUUGGUUUCUUUUGUUCCUUUUUAGUAUCAAAAGAGGCGGCUAUGCUAUCACAAGGGAGGUGGAAGAUCACCUUCCUAAUCUAUAAGUCAAUUCUUUUUAUGUGUGUGGGAUGAGAACUGUACUUUGGGAUAGUAAAAUUAUAAGAGCAUCAUGGGUUAGGGGGGAUAAGAGUAAAACAAAAGGAAGAAGGGCUGAUAUAUAUAGCUGACAUGUAUUUUGUGAAAUGUACCGUUGACUGUAAUCAUCCUCAGUUUUUGGUGAAGAGAUGUGCAGAACUUGUUUGCAUUUGCAAAUCGGUAGCAUCUGCUCUAAGGUUAUAAUCAGUGCUUCAAGUAUAGAGAGAGCAUGAGCUCAGAAACAUAUUGUCUAUCGAAUUCGAAUCAAUUUAAAGGUGUUGAG